AAAGGGCAAGCAACCCAACCUCUCUGACUAUCUCUCUCUCUCUCUCUCGCUCGCCGAUUUCGUGUGGAAAUCAGAAACCCUAAUAGCCAAAGCGUCAGCCGUCUUCGAAUCAACCAAUCACAAUCAGCAAAACCCAAUUCGUAAUUCCCUUACUCCUUUGCUUAUCGUCUUUGGCUAUUGUUGCUAUUCUAGAAAGAAACCCUCUUACAGAGCAAUCGGAAAAGUAGGGUUGCCAUGGCCAAAAGCCCCUUCAAGCUCGACCACCCAUUGGAGAGGAGGCAGACCGAGGCUGCUCGCAUUCGAGAGAAGUAUCCUGAAAGAAUUCCGGUGAUUGUGGAGAGGGCUGAAAGAAGUGACGUUCCUGAAGUUGACAAGAAAAAAUACCUUGUUCCUGCUGAUUUGACUGUUGGGCAGUUCGUUUAUGUUGUUCGGAAGAGGAUCAAGCUCAAUGCCGAAAAGGCUGUAUUUGUCUUCGUCAAUAAUGUGCUACCUCCCACUGCCGCGUUGAUGUCUGCAAUUUAUGAAGAAAACAAGGAUGAAGAUGGGUUUCUUUACAUGACUUACAGUGGUGAGACCACGUUUGGGUCCCUCCAAGUUCAGUGAUGCCAAUUUCUGUAAACAAAGUUUCCUGAACUGUAAAUUUUCGGCUCCCUUUUAGCGGUCAACAGCCAAUUUACCUGUCCAUGGUAUAAAAAAAAAACAAUUUACUUGUCCCAAGAACUUAAGAAAAUUCAUUUUAUUUAUAGAUUGGAUUCGAUAAGAAGGAAUUUUGGAAA